AUUCUUUUUAAAGAAUUGCCUUGACUGAAUCCGUUCAACAUGAUCUCCGUAAGAUAAGCAAUGCAGUAGCCCAAGCGGAGAAGGAACUCAAAUCACUUGAAAAAAGGUUAAAUAAAUGUGUAUUUUUACAGGAUGUAUGAAGAACUUGAAAAAACAAGGAAGGCUGUAUCUGACAAAGAUGAAGAGCUGGAAUCAUUGUACGACAGAGUGGCAGGAGAUGUUGCUUCUUCAAUCAAAACAGGAAAAGCCAUCAACCUUAACAAUCCAGUUAGUCAACCAAGGAUAAUAGAAUUAUAUGAAGACCUGAGACAGAAAUGGCCAAAAAUCAAAUCUAGUCUGAAAUCAAAGGGAGGCGAUGGGAACUCAUCUAAAAUCAGACAUCUGAUGCAGAAAGCGUUUUACCACGCGAAGGCUGAAAUGACAGAAAAGAUUAAUCACCUAGAUCGUGUAUUUGAACUGAAUAUGGCAAGAAGUGAUAUAGCCAAUUCAAAGGUUAAGGAGUAUAGACAGUUAACUAUUCAGAAUCUGCAACUCGCGAUCUACAGUGAGAAACAACAAGAUUUAAAGAACCCCACACCACUAUACCAAUGUAAGACCUUUCAGGAUGUGGUGAAUUAUUUGAAACGUGAAUGCUUCUGGUUGGGCCGCCUGAUGGCUCUGAAUGAUCCUCCUCUUGGACCUGAUUGGCUCAGUCCUCGCACAACAUAUGACAAAUGGGACCUUCUACCUCACAAUAUCAUUGAGUCUCCAAAGUAUUAAGAAAACAUUUCUAAAGUGUGAAAGCAUUUAAUUUUCAUAGUGAUUAAGGAUGUUGUAUAGAUUAAUUGCUUGAAAUUGUGCAAGGUUUUUGCCAUUGUUUCAUUUGUGUAAAAUGCUAUAUUAGUUGUCAGCUUCACUGAAGUAUAUUUAAAAAUUUACUGAAGUAUAAAAUAGCUUUGGCAUAAUUUUUAUCAAGCUUGAGGUUUUGAAUAGACUGUCAGUUAUUGCAAUUAUGUAAACUACUGCAUUUGAAAACUUCUACAAAUAUUUUCAUUUUGUAUAUCACUUUUAUGAUAUAUUUACUGCCAUUUUUUUAUGCUUUUCUAAUUUUGCCACUGAAUGUUCCAUACAGCCUCAGAAAGACUCAAUGUUUUAGUUUGCUGCAUAAUAAUCUUAUCCAAAACAUGGUGAUAUCUCUUUACCGACUGUCAAAUAAAGCUGAACAAACAUAAAGUACCUAUAAUAAAUUCUGAUUUAGACUGAAAAUAUA